AUGGGGAAGCGAGUAACGCUGGCUGCAGCUGGCAUGCAGUUCUCGGAGGAGGAGGGUGCUCACGGUUUGCGAUGCUGCGUGGUGCUUCCCGAUGAGCAAAAAGCCGGUGAAAAACCCAUCGAGAGGCUGGAGGGAGCCAAGAACUCUCAGGGCAGAGCAGCACCAGGUCCCCGUGGUAUCAGACGAGGGUUUGUUCUGCGGUACCGGAGCUGUGGGCUCUGCCUGGCAGGAAAAAUGUUUUCACUGGAUUUCAAGAGAGGGAAUGACAUUGCCUUCCACUUUAAUCCCCGCUUCAAGGAAGACAACACCAAAGUCAUCGUCUGUAAUUCAAUGUUCCAGAAUAACUGGGGAAAGGAAGAUAGAACAGCUCCUAGGUUUCCAUUUGAAGCUGGAAAACCCUUCAAGCUCCAGAUCCUUUGCGAGGUGGAUCACUUCAAGGUAGCGGUCAACGAUGCUCACUUGCUGCAGUACAGCUUCCGUGAGAAGAAGCUGAACGAGAUCACCAAGCUCUGCAUUGCUGGGGACAUCACCCUCACGAGCGUCACGCCGACCAUGAUAUAA